CCUGGCCAGCGACCUCUGCCACCACCACCACCCCACCUGAUCAUAUCGAUCAUCGCCACAUCACGAUCGUCCUCUCACCCCCGCCCUCUGCUUGCUUUUCUCUCUCAAGGUCUCCUUCAUUCAAAAGACCCUACUCUCUUUAAACUCCCUCCCUUUUACUCCCCCCCAAAAAUCUCUUAUCGGUAAUUCCGACCCCCUACCAACCCUACCUACUACUCUAUAUCCGAAUAAAAAAAGACUUUCAAGAUGGUUAACUUCACCGUCGAUGAGAUGCACUCGCUCAUGAGCAAGCCGACUAACAUCCGAAACAUGUCGGUCAUCGCCCACGUCGACCACGGGAAAUCCACCUUGACCGACUCGUUGGUCUCCAAGGCUGGGAUUAUCGCCGGUGCGAAGGCGGGUGAUAUGAGGUUUACUGAUACUCGUCAGGACGAGAUCGACCGAGGUAUCACCAUCAAGUCCACCGCCAUCUCGAUGUACUUUGAGCUGGAAAAGGACGACGUCGCCGAUAUCGCCCAGAAGACCGAGGGUAAUGAGUUCUUGAUCAACUUGAUCGACUCGCCCGGUCACGUCGAUUUCUCGAGUGAGGUUACCGCUGCUUUGCGUGUUACCGAUGGUGCCUUGGUCGUCGUCGACACCAUCGAGGGAGUCUGUGUCCAGACCGAGACUGUGCUCCGACAGUCGUUGACCGAGCGAGUCAAGCCCGUCUUGGUCGUCAACAAGGUCGACCGAGCCUUGCUCGAGUUGCAGAUCUCCAAGGAGGACUUGUACCAGACCUUCUGCCGAACCAUCGAGUCGGUCAACGUCGUCAUCUCGACCUACGCCGACGAGACCCUCGGUGACGUCCAGGUCUUCCCCGAGAAGGGUACCGUCGCUUUCGGUUCCGGUCUCCACGGAUGGGCCUUCACCUUGAGGCAGUUUGCCACCCGAUACGCCAAGAAGUUUGGUGUCGACAAGAACAAGUUGAUGCCCAAGCUCUGGGGAGACAACUACUUUAACCCCAAGACCAAGAAGUGGUCGACCAAGCCCACCGACGCUGAUGGCAAGCCCCUCGAGCGAGCCUUCAACUCGUUCGUCUUGGACCCCAUCUACCGAAUCUUCUCGGCCGUCAUGGACUUCAAGAAGGAGGAGAUCACCACCUUGCUCGAGAAGCUCGAGGUCAAGCUCUUGCCCGAGGAGAAGGACCUCGAGGGCAAGCCCCUGUUGAAGACGAUCAUGCGAAAGUUCUUGCCCGCCGGUGACUCGUUGCUGGAGAUGAUUGUCAUCAACUUGCCCUCGCCCGCCACCGCUCAGCGAUACCGAGUCGAGACCCUGUACGAGGGUCCCAUGGACGACGAGUCGGCCAUCGCCAUCCGAGACUGUGACCCCAACGGUCCCUUGAUGUGCUACGUCUCCAAGAUGGUGCCCACCUCGGACAAGGGUCGAUUCUACGCUUUCGGUCGAGUCUUUUCCGGUACCGCCAAGGCCGGUCCCAAGGUCCGAAUCCAGGGACCCAACUUUGUCCCCGGAAAGAAGGACGACUCGUUCAUCAAGCCCAUCCAGAGGACCGUCUUGAUGAUGGGUCGAUACGUCGAGGCCAUCGAGGACGUUCCCGCCGGUAACAUUGUCGGUCUCGUCGGUGUCGACCAGUUCUUGCUCAAGAGCGGUACCUUGACCACCUCGGAGACCGCCCACAACAUGAAGGUCAUGAAGUUUUCGGUCUCGCCCGUCGUCCAGGUCGCCGUCGAGUGCAAGAACCCGGCCGAUCUGCCCAAGUUGGUCGAGGGUCUCAAGCGAUUGUCCAAGUCGGACCCUUGUGUCAAGUCGUACAUGGCCGAGACUGGUGAGAUGAUCGUCGCCGGUGCCGGUGAGCUCCACUUGGAGAUUUGUCUCAACGACUUGGAGAAUGACCACGCUGGUAUCCCCUUGAAAAAGUCCGACCCCGUCGUCGGAUACAAGGAGACCGUCCAGGCCGAGUCCUCCAUGGUCGCCCUUUCCAAGUCGCAGAACAAGCACAACCGAAUCUACAUGACCGCCGCCCCUCUCGACGAGGAGCUCUCCAAGGCCAUCGAGACCGGCAAGGUCGCUCCCCGUGACGACUUCAAGAUCCGAGCUCGUCUCAUGGCCGACGAGUUCGGUUGGGACGUUACCGAGGCCAGGAAGAUUUGGUGUUUCGGUCCCGAGGGUACCGGUCCCAACUUGUUGGUCGACACCACCAAGGCCGUCCAGUACUUGAACGAGAUCAAGGACUCGUGUGUCGCCGGUUUCCAGUGGGCCUCCAAGGAGGGUGCCUGUGCCGAGGAGAACUUGCGAGGUGUCCGAUUCAACAUUAUGGACGUCACCUUGCACUCGGACUCUAUCCACCGAGGUACCGGUCAGAUCAUGCCCACCACCCGACGAGUCAUGCUCGCCUCGCAGCUCUUGUCGACCCCCGGUCUCCAGGAGCCCAUGUUCUUGGUCGAGAUUCAGGUUCCCGAGUCGGCUCAGGGAGGUGUCUACUCGUGUUUGAACGUCCGACGAGGACACGUCUUCCACUCGGAGCAGCGAGUAGGAACCCCCAUGUACACCAUGAGGGCUUACCUCCCCGUCUCCGAGUCGUUCGGAUUCAACGCCGACCUUCGUCAGGCCACCGGUGGACAGGCCUUCCCCCAGUCCGUGUUCGACCACUGGUCGCUCAUGAACGGAACCCCGAUCGAGAAGGACUCGAAGCUGCAGGCUUUGACGGUUUCGAUUCGAACGAGGAAGGGUCUCAAGCCCGAGGUUCCCACCUACGACCAGUACUACGACAAGCUUUAAGCCGGCGAGCAUGCGAGAAUUCUUUGUACUGUCCCCUGCUUAUAUCUCAUAUAACAUGGCUAUGACGCUUUUUGGCAUCUUUGAUGACGUUGAGUCUAGAUCUUUGGACGA